AUGGCUUUUGGCAACUCGGAGCCAGGUCAAGAACAUUUCCCGCCCCCCAACUAUGUGAACCCAACCACUCGCGUUCCGGUGGUACUUGGCCUGACGAUAUCGACAUGUGGCCUUUUACUGGUCUUAACUGGCGCCCGGCUGUACGCACGAUCUCAUCUUAGAAAUGUUCUAGGCAUUGAUGAUUGGAUGAUGCUUUGUGCUGCUGCGCUCGCUGUCACGCUUACUGCCUUCGGCGCGUCCUCCUGCCUGUAUGGUCUGGGCUAUCAUCUCUGGGACAGGAGGCCAGAGUGGGAUGAGCCGUAUUACAAGAUCGGCUUUGCCUUUCAAAUCGUAUAUCCACUCUGUGUGGGCCUCACAAAAAUUUCUGUCUGCCAAACAUACCUCCGCAUUUUCCCUUCAACAACAAGCCGCUACUUUUCCCACUCGAUGACCGUUUUCGUAACAGCCUAUACGAUUACCUGUGUCAUCCUCAUGCUCACGCAAUGUUACCCACUCGUUGGCUAUUGGGACAAGGACGUCGAGAUCCACUGUGUCGACAUGCGCGCCAACAUGAUCACUAUCGGAGCUAUCAAUACUGCAACAGACUUCCUCAUUUAUCUCUGGCCGGCGCGUUACCUCUGGCGUAUACAGCUCCCCCUCAAGCAGCGGCUGGGUCUAGUGUUUGUCUUUACCUGCGGGCUCAUCGUCUGCGUCGCAGGUGUCUUUCGUAUGAUCUACCUACAACGCUAUUUCACAAACAGUGACCUCCUCUGGGACGCAGCACUCACAACCUCCCUUGGCAUUGUCGAAGUCAACAUCGGUAUCGUUUGCGGCUGUCUUCCCUGCGUCAAGCCGGUGCUUGCCAAGCUCCUACCAUCACUAUUUGGAUCCACUGGGCGCACAUCACGGACGACGCCAUCGGGUGAGGCAAGAGGCCCGUCGUACCAAUUUAAGGAUUUGUCGGCGCACCAUGCGGACAAAGGUGGAUCAACAGCUGUGCUAAGGGAAGAGAGGAUUGAGGAAAUUCUAGAAGAAUCGGAGAGUGAUGGUGCAAGCACUCAUUCUUUGACAAAGCCCGUGGUGGAAUAUGAUGCAAGGGGUCACAAGGGGCCUGCUAAUAGGGACUCGAUUGCUUUGCCGAAGAACGGGAUUAUCGUGGAUCGUACGGUUACUGUGGAGAGGAGUUGGGUUGCUGAUGCUUAG